AUUUUACAUGCUUAAAAGUUUGAUUGUGGGGUAUGGGUUGUUUUUUUUUGUUAUUGUUUUAAAUAUAGUGUUGGGGCCUUUUUUUAGGGCGGGGAGGAGGAGGAAAAGCACUUAACAUUUUAACAUUUUGAAGAGGUUAAUCCGAGAAAUAUCCUGACAGUUGGGAGUGCUGGGGCCACCGGGGUGACGCGCUCUCGGGCAGUUGUGAGCAGCUGAAUGUCCAUGACCCUAGACAGAUGGGUUCUGGGAAAUACCUUAAAGGGUGGCCUGGCCUUGAUCGCCCCCAACCCGGGGUGAAAGGACCUAGGCUGCGAGGAGAGUCCGGCAACCGUCUCAGACCCUCUGUGGGUUUUCCACAUGAAGUUGCCUGCGCGUCACCAGAGCGAAAUGUCAGAGAGGUACCUUCCUUCCCCAGGCUCGCGCGCGCACACAAGGCGGCCACUGAGGCAGCGAGAGGGAAAGUGGGACUCCGGUCCCCGUCCCCCGUUACCCCACUCCCCAGGGCAGUCCUAGGGGCAGACAGAUUUCUCCUCGGAGCAUGGGUCCCACACCUUGACGGUCUGCACUGUCACCCACUGCCAGUCGGUCCGAGCAACUUCCAAGGUUCGCGGGGCCACCAGCGCCAGCAAAGUGUCUUGAGCUGAGCGGCUCCAGGCUGGGGGAAACGAUUUUGCAGAGGAAAUAGGUUAAUUUCCUUCUGGGUUGUUUUCAUUCCCUGCACCUCAGCAGACAAGUGACAGAAGUUUGUUAGUGUAAAAUGCCAUCAAACACGAGGGGGAGGGGGGGUCGUAGAAAAAGCUCCCGGGGAUCCAACUGGGGAAACGCAAUUACAACUUGUUAACGUGAUAGCUGGUUUUGUUUGCACAGCUAGACCCCGCUCCUUUUGCGGAAGGAGGUUUUUACCUUUGGAUUGAGAUUUCAGCCUCGGUAAUCUGACUGUUUUGGCAAACCGUACUGAUGAGUGGCAGGCUGCAAGAAAAUGCCAGCUCCUAUGCUGAGAUCUCCCCAGUACCAGCACUAUUAUGUGGCUCUGGGGAUGGGGGGAUACGGUCGAAACACCUUUUCUGGUAAUGAAGGGAAGGGCGUUUAAGAUGGAAACUGACAGUACGUAAAUAAACAAUGCAACCAAGUGGAAAAAUGGUCUUAAUGAGUACCCCUAGCCCCGAGUUUUCCUUCUGUGGUUUCCAGAAACAGGACUCUUCCUCAGUGGAACUCCCGAGGAAGACACUUAAAUUAGGGGCUUGGGUUUCAACUCAAUGGUCUUGCAAAACGGAUGAAUUGGUUGUAGCCAGUGAUUCAUUCAGCUUGGCUGAGGCAGUUUACCAGGUUAGUGUUGGGAUUUUUGGUUUUUUUAUAGAGAGAAUUCAUGUAAGUGCCCCCCACUCAGAAACUGGUCUGGACAACUGGGGCUAGAGACAACUUGUUGGAAGCCACCUCCUCCAGGCUACACCUUGAAGGAGAUUCCCAGGGCUUUAUUUAGUUCUGCUGACUGCAGUCUCACUGCCUCCCAAGACUCUUGAACUUCGAUCCGAACUGAUCCUAGGCUAACCCCAGAGGUUCUCUGAUAAUGCAGUAUUCUUAUGCCUUCAUGCCAAAUCAUUACAACAACACAUUAAAAUAUACAGGGAAGGUCCCAGGUAACAGGAUCUCCAAGUCUUGUAGGAUGCCCAUUUUUUUCAGGGUAUGCCUCCUCCACCCACCCCCUUCUGUGAGAUGGAGUAGCCCAAGGUGGCAUGAAACUCCCUGUGUAAAUGAGUCUGGUUUCAAACUCAAAGCUCACUUCCUGCCUCGGCUUCCUGACUGCUGCAUCUAUAGGUCUAUGAGCACGGAACCUGGCUCCAUUUUGUUUUGCUUGAUUGUUUUAAUUUUACAUUCUCUCUUUUUUCCUUCUUGAAGGAGGCACUAAGAUAACCAAAAGCUUCUAGGAAAUACUCUAAACAGCCCAGCCUUUUUUCCUAAAAGACAUUGGGGGUCGUGAGGAGAAGCCAGCGAGCAGGAGCUCAGUUAGACUAGCAGAGUUUUCUAGUUGGAAAAUACCAUAGAGACUGCUUUCAUAGAUGAAAUUUAGCCAUCAAGAGAUUUCUGCCAGGUAGUGAACUAUUACCUGAGGGCUUCCAGAAGAUAAACCCACUGGUCUCUCUGUAGGUAGUAACUAGAGCCAAUCAGGGUCAAAGGUCAUCCUGGAAUUGCCUCUUCGUAGGAGAUCUGGACUCAGACCCUAGUUAGGUUCAGAAUUCACAAGUUGUGAACACUGAAAAUCAAGAAGUGAGGCGGUCGCCAGAGAUCAUCUGGUUGCUUAAAGCAGCCCAGUCCUUUAGAUCCUCCCAAGGCCUUUCCCAUCGGGUACAACCACAACACCAAACAGGCAGGCUGUCUUUGCAUUCUGUUACUUGUAGAGGCUUUUGCGUAGCCCGGGUCAAAGGUUAGGCAUUGGUUAAGUUGUGCUCUGGGUGACAGAGAGCAAGAAGGCCUGCUGAAUAAAUGGCAGAAGGAAGAGAAGAGCUGAGGAAACUGCUUAUUCUGCAACCAGACACUUCCUCAUUUUAGGGCUCCUUUUUUAUAAGGCAUGAGCUGUGCUUUGGUUGGUGGGGGUGUCUCAAGACUCUCACUGUUUAGUAAACUUUGAGGAGGGGCUAUUUUUGUUUCUGUUGGGUUUUAAUGUUUAUUGUUUUGCUCUAGGGGGUUGUUUGUCUGUUUUUCUGUUUUAGGGAGAGGGAGAAGGUAGACAGUACUGUAGCCCAGGCUGAAAUUUAACUUUUUUUGAGACAGAGUCUUGUUGUGUGACCAAGCCGGCAAUCCUCCUGCCUCAGUCUUCUGAGUGAACCACAAUGCCCAGUUUGUUGAGUGAACUUUUAGCGAUCGUAUGUGAUACACAAAAUGUUAUGCAGGCAGUGGUCUGGGAAGAGAAGCUGAUUGCCUGCCUCAUGCAAUCUUUUUUUGCCCCGGGGUAGGGGUUGAAAUAGGGUCUUGUUUUAACCUGAACUAGCUCAAACUUGCUAUGUAGCCACAGGUGAUCUUGAACCCCUGAUACUCAUGCCUCCACCUCCCACAUGUUAGGUAGCAUGCUACCAUGCCCAAGUUUUUGUUUUGUCAGACAGGGUUUUUCAGUGUUAGCCUUGGCUAUCUUGGAACUCAUUCUGUGGACCAGGCUGACCUCGAACUCACAGAGAUCCGCCUGCCUCUGCCUCCUGAGUGCUAGGAUUAAAAGUGUGUGCCACCACCACCUGACAGUACCCAAGUUUUUAUGUUCAAUUUUAGAAAGUACAUGCCUGUAUCACCUCCUAGUGAGGCUUCCACUCUGUUAUUACACUACAUUGUGGACUUAGCUUACAUCCAUCCAUAGUAGGACAUAGGAUGCUCCAGACUCAUUCGGAGAGAGGCCAAUUUACCUUUAUGAUUAUCCCAGGAAUAAGGAAGCAAGUUUUACACACACACCCCCACCUUAAGCCAGUAUUAAUUGGGCAUGGCUGCUUUAUGAUUUUAAUCCCAACACUUGAAAGCUGGGACAGGAAGAUUGCUGCAAGUUUGAAGCUAGCUGGAGCUGGAGCAAAGUUACAUCUGGUUGUAGCCAGAACAGAGAGGUAUAGACGGAAAGCAAGAUUUUAAAGCUCAAGUAAAAGAACCAAUCGCCAAGUCGGGGCUCUGAAAAUAAACAGAAGGCAGAAGUUCCCUGUCUUCUGGCAGCUGUCACAGAGCAAAUCUAAUGUCCAGCUGCUUCACACCCACUCGGGCAAGACCCUUCCAGGGUUUGCACUUCUGUUCUUAGCUUAAUUUCCUUGGGCCACCCACCAGGCUCAGCCUGAAAAAUCAGCUGAUUUUACUUUUGCUAAAGGAAAAAAAAAAUGACAGCUGCUAAAGCUGGACGAUGUUAGAGCAUCUUCAGUCACUGCUGGCUUUGGUAAAGCAUGCUUUUACUCCCAGCACUUGGGAGCUAGGGGCAGGAUGAUGGCUAUGAGUUCAAGGCUAGCCUGGUCUAUAUCUGUAUCAAGUUCCAGGACAGUCAGAGCUACGUAGAGAGACCCUUUCUCAAUAAACAACAGCCAAGAGACUCCCCAGUCACUUCUUUGACUGAAGAGGAGUGCAAGCCAGAGAUGGGAACUGACUACCUCAAGCCACACAGUUGUGUGGCUAGUUUAAGACCUCUGUACAUGGAGGUCAAGAGUACUUUGGGGAUGGUGAGGUGACUGAGUGGGUAAAACUGGCAACCUAAAUUCAAUCUCAGGAAGCCACCUGGUAGAAGGAGAGAACCAACUCCCCCAAGUUGGUCUCUGACUUCCACAUGUACUCUAUGGCAUGAAUAUACCCCACUCCUCCUGAAACAUGCAUGUAAAUAAAUAAGCUAAUGUAAUUAAAAGCAUUUGUUUUGGUAGGGUGCUUUGUCAAGCUAGGGGUGUAGCUCAGCUGUUGGAAUGCUUUCCUAACAUGGAUGAAGCUCUGGGUCCCUAGAAUCACAUCAGGCCAGUGUAAUGGCUGAGCCCUACAAUCUCAGCAUUUAGGAGGUCUCAGAGAAACAGAAGGGUCAGAAGUUCAAGGUCAUCUUCUAUUCCAUAGCAGUUACGAGACCAGCUUGAGCCGAGUGAGACUGUCAAAAACACAAAGGUGCUCUGGCAAAAAUGACUUCCUCCCAAUAAACAUAGAAAGCACUUUCCUCCCUGGCCUUUAGUCUGUUGCUCGGUUGGCCUGGACAAUCUGAUUCUGGUCUAUUUGGGCCAAAACCCUUUACCUCCCUGGACCUGUUUCCCUGUUUUGCCAAUGAGGAAGAGAACAAGCUGACUUUGGACUCCCUUGCAGCCUCAACCUCCUGUAAUUCUAAUUUCUUUUGAAGGCUGUAGGUUGAUCCUAGCACCACCCAGCUGUUUCAAGAAUACUGUGAGCAGCUUCAAACAGAACUUGGAGGUUGUCUGAACACAGCCUUCUGGUGUUGGUGGGAACUUUAAUUUGGCUCAAACUACAGCUGCAGUACUACUCAUCCACAUAAAAUACAGAAUUUAAUCAGGACAAAGGUUCAACUUGUCUCCCUAGGAUCUUUAUCCCAAUAUAUUUCUGUUCAAAUUGGCCCCGAGGGCACCAUUAAGACUUAAGACUUUAUGGCCAGGAGGUGGUGGCGCACGCCUUUGAUCCCAGCACUCAGGAGGCAGAGGCAGGAGAAUCUCUUGUGAGUUCAAGGCCAACCUGGUCUACAGAAUGAGUUCCAGAGCUACAUAGUGAGACCCUGUCUCAAAAAAAGCAGAAAACAACAAAAAAGAGGGGAAAAAAAAUCUAGGUAUGAAGUGAUAGUCAAGACAUAAAACUCAGAUUUUAUGUUAGAAACCAGCCUGGUCUACAAGAGCUAGUUCCAGGACAUCCUCCAAAGCUACAGAGAAACCCUGUCUCGGAAAAAAAAAAAAAAAUCAGAUUUUUAUGACCUUAUAAUCUAAGUCACUUACUUGAGCAAGUAAGACAAAUGCAUGAAAGUAAAUGAUUCCCCAUUAAGUGCAUUAAGUGAUUCCUCUCACAUGAAGGUGAGGCCACCUUAGUUGAGUUUAUCAGAGGAAGCCUGAUGGGAAAAGGACCAGAAUGACCAGGGCUGUGGAGGGUCACAGCAGCUGUAGAGACUGUGCAACUUCAAGAAAUGACUUGGCCAAAAGCAAGGUAGCUGGAGACUACAAGAGCCAACAGGAACCUUUUUUGACCUUGGAAGAUCAAGAAUGACCCAAAAGAAUUCGAAGCUUUGCUCCAGAGCCAAUGUGUAUACCCAAGUGCCUGAUGGAGGAUGGGGCUGGGCAGUAGCUAUUUCUUUUUUCUUCGUCGAAGUCUUUACCUAUGGCAUCAUCAAGUCAUUUGGUGUCUUCUUUAAUGACUUAAUGGACAGUUUUGAUGAGUCCAACAGCACAAUCUCGUGGAUAAUAUCAAUAUGCGUGUUUGUGUUAACAUUUACAGCCCCCCUCUCCACAGUCCUGAGCAACCGCUUUGGACAUCGGCUGGUGGUGAUGGCAGGAGGGCUGCUUAUCAGCACUGGAAUGGUGGCUGCCUCCUUCUCCCAAAGGGUGUACCAUAUGUACAUCUCCAUUGGCGUCAUCUCCGGUUUGGGGUACUGCUUUAGUUUCCUUCCAACCGUCACCAUUCUGUCACAGUACUUUGACAAAAGGCGUUCAGUAGUCACUGCGGUCGCUUCUACGGGAGAGUGCUUCGCUGUGUUUGCUUUUGCACCAGCCAUCACGGCUCUGAAGGAGCACAUUGGCUGGCGAUACAGCCUCCUCUUCGUGGGCCUGCUGCAGCUGAACAUCAUGGUCUGUGGCGCCUUGCUAAGACCAAUCACUAUCCAAGGACCAGGGUCACCGAAAACAAUCACUCACGAGCCCCGGAGAGAAGUGCAAUGUAUGCUUGAAAAUGAGAAAACAAGAACCUCAAUAGACUCCAUCGACUCAGGAGUAGAGCUAACUACCUCACCAAAAAAUGUGCCUAGUCAAGCUAACACAGAGCAGGAGGCCAGGGCGGAACAGCAGCAGACCCUGGUGGCUGGCCCUAACCACAGCCAGAAGAGAGCCCCACUGCUAGACUUUUCCAUUUUGAAAGAGAGAAGCUUCAUCUGUUACUCCUUGUUUGGCCUCUUCGCCACGCUUGGCUUCUUUGCGCCUCCCCUCUACAUCAUCCCUUUGGGCAUCAGUCUAGGCAUUGACCGUGACCGAGCGGCAUUCUUACUAUCUACAAUGGCCAUUGCCGAGGUGUUCGGAAGGAUCGGGGCUGGCUUUGUCCUCAACCGAGAGCCCAUUCGGAAGAUCUACAUUGAACUCAUAUGUGUCAUUUUACUGACGGUGUCUCUCUUCGCCUUCACUUUUGCUACUGAAUUCUGGGGUCUGAUGUUGUGUAGUGUGUUUUUUGGCGUCAUGGUCGGGACCAUAGGAGGGACCCACAUCCCACUGUUGGCAGAGGAUGACGUCGUUGGAAUCGAGAAGAUGUCAUCUGCAGCCGGAGUCUAUGUCUUCAUUCAGAGCAUUUCAGGGCUGGCAGGACCACCCUUGGCAGGCCUACUGGUCGACCAGAGCAAGAUCUACAGCAGGGCCUUCUACUCCUGCGCAGCAGGCAUGUCGGUGGCUGCUGUGUGCCUCGCCUUGGUGAGACCUUGUAAAAAGGGCCUGUGCCAGCAUCCUCAUUCAGGUGAAAAACAGACAGACAGCCAUCACAGGAAGGCUUUACAGGACAUACCAGAAGACUUUCUGGAAAUGGAUCUUGGGAAAUGUGAGCACAGGGUUCAUAUGAAAAUGGAUCCAGUGUGACACAUUUUCAUGUCAUAGCUUCUAUGUUGCCUGGGAAAAGAGCCCCUGGGGCAGGUGCCGACCAUAGGACCCCACCUUCAAAACUGCAUAAAGGGAAUGCAUGUGUGAGCAGCAAUAGCAACAUCUUUCCCUUUCCCGUAAGUCCAUUUUGCUUGCUCUUUAAGCCAAAACCAAAACAAUCAAACACUUUUCCAUACAGGAAUCCAGCCCUAUUCAAUAGCAAUACAAAGAUACAUGGAAGGACGCUAGUUCACAUCCCAGCACUACAACAAUUCCAUGAAUUGGCAAACUGGUGUUCAAAGUACUCAUGUGUAUAAACUAUUAUUUUAUAAAGCGACAUCCAGCCAAAUUCAUGGAAAUGAAUUGGCCAUUCCAAAAAGAAAAAAACAAUCUUGAAUCAUUAAAAAAAAAGUUGCUGAUUUUCAGACAAACAGGUAAAUUAUUUUUUUAAACAAUUUGAAAAAUUACUAAGGUUUAAAUUGACAAAUUAUGGCUUCUGAGUUUUCUCAGUAUUGCAUGGAAAGAAAGCAAUUAUUUAAGACUAAGCAUUUGAUUAAUAUGCAAAAAACCUAAAAACAUAUAACAACUUGAACUUCAAAGAUUGCUACUUCUUUUUAUGGCCAGCCAUCACCACAAGUAUUUCAAUAGAAAUGUUAAAUUGCAUUCAUGUUUCCUAUUGUUUUUCAUAAUUCAAGAAAUAAGUGUUUGUAGUACUUUUUUUUUAAUUUAAACCACUAUUUAUUAUUAAGUUAUUCUAGGAUGAUUAGAAUGAUCAAAAGAAGGGCCGGUGAGAUGGCUCAGUGGGUAAAGGUGUUUGCUGCCAAGAUUCAUGACCUGAGUUCAAUUCUUAGAACCCACAUGGUAGAAAGAGAACCAACUUCUUUGAGUCAUCCUCUGACCUCCACACA